GAGCCUCUUUAAACCAAGUGCGGUUGACGCGUGUCAUUGAGUCAUGGCGGCGUCCAAGUGCGCACACCUGAAUGGGGAACUCUCCCGGCGUUUCCUCGCCUCGGUGGACACCGUUCUUUUCGAUUGCGACGGGGUGUUGUGGCGGGGGGAUGAGCCGAUCUCCGGGGCGUCCGAUCUUAUUAACGGGUUGAAGCGGACAGGGAAACGCGUGUUUUUCCUCACGAACAACAGCACGAAGACGCGCUCCAUGUAUGCGGAGAAGCUGGGGCGGCUGGGCUUCAAGGCAGAACCGGGGGAAGUGUUCGGAACCGCGUACUGUACGGCCAUCUACCUGCGGGACAUUGUCCAGCUCAAGGGCAAAGUUUAUCUGAUCGGGGGUCGGGCGCUGAGCGAGGAGUUCGGGGCUGCGGGGAUUCGUCACUUUGGCUGCGGAGCUGACCUCGUGACCGGCAGCCCCAAAGACUGGGCUUCGAUGGAGGCGGACCCCGAUGUGAAGGCUGUGGUGGUCGGAUUUGAUGAGCAUUUCAGUUACAUGAAACUGAACCGAGCUCUCCAGUACCUGCAGGACCCCUCCUGCCUCUUUAUUGCCACCAAUACUGAUACCAGGCUGCCCCUGGAAGGAGGGAGAGCUAUACCAGGGACUGGUUGUCUGGUGCGAGCGGUGGAGACGGCUGCUCACCGCAAAGCUCAAGUCAUCGGGAAACCCAGCUCCUUCCUCUAUGAUUGUGUCGUCAAGGACUGUGGACUGGACCCCGCUAGGACUGUGAUGGUGGGAGACCGGCUGGACACAGAUAUCCAGAUGGGCUCCACCUGUGGCAUUCGCACUCUCCUCACACUGACUGGUUUCUCCAGCCUGGAGGACGCAAAGUCUUAUCAGGAUAAAGGGGCCCUCUCUAUGGUUCCUGAUUACUAUGUGAACUCUGUUGCCGACCUGCUGCCGGCACUGUCUGAAGAGCGCCAGUGAGUGAGAGUACUGCACCCAUAGCACCCACACGGAACCUUGUCGACCCCCUCAACUCAUUUGCACUCAUGUCCUGUGCAGCUCUGUCCGUAUAAAAGUUCUAGCCAUAUAUCUAUUACCAGUGACUCCGGUUGGGGGGGGGGGUGCCUGUCUCGGCAAAUUGGUGUUUAUUUUAGCUCUAAAAAUUACAGUUGUGGGCAUUAUUUUUCAUGUUAAAGACUGUAUUUGGUAUAAUUAACCCUUUAGAGCCUAUGGUAGGUUGCUUGAGACUCCCAUCCAUGUACACAUCUAUCUACACCAGCCAGAACGUCAACUCCCAUCUACCUAUACCAGCCAGUAAUACAACUCCCAUUGACCUACACUAGCCAGUGAGAGCUUGUUCUCAACAACAUUAUGGGAUUGUGGGGCAACCGUGAAUCUGUUUACUACCUUUUUCUUUGUGUUUUAAGUUCCCCUUAAAGGAGAAGGAAAUCUACGGACGCAUUUUAUUGCCAAUAGAUUAGCUGCAAUAGUGAAAGCUAGAAUGCUAUAUUUAUUCUGUAGAAUGUUUCAC